CUGGACUUACGGUUGCCGCUCGCCUGACCGAGGACCCUGGAGUCAGUGUUCAAGUCAUUGAGGCAGGCUCAAACCGCAUCGAUGAUCCAAUGAUAAAGGCUCCUGGUAUGCUGGCACCGUUGUAUGGAAAUCCAAAAAAUGACUGGAAUUUCCAUACAGUACCCCAACCCAAGCGACACAACCGCAUCAUUGCGCAACCAAGAGGCAAGCUUCUAGGAGGAUCUUCCGGCAUAAAUUUCAUGAUGUUUGUCUUUCCAAACCGCAAGGGUAUCGAUGCGUGGGCUGACCUCGGAAAUGAGGGCUGGGGCUAUGACUCCCUUGCUCCUUGUUUCCAAAAGUUCACGACCGUUCAUCCCCCAAAGCAAUCUAUACAAGAUGCUGUGAAUAUCUCUUAUCACGACCCCCCGCAGGUUGAAAAUAGCCCGAUCCAAGCUCAUUAUGGCGACGGGUACAACGAAACAUCUGCUAAUUGGCUGAAAACAUUUGCCAACCUUGGACUACAAAUGACCUCUGAUCCAAGGCGAGGGGAAGCCAUGGGAGCCUUCCAGAUGCCUGGGAGCAUUGAGCCUAAGCAACUCUGCGACUGGGAUUAUUCAUCGAAUAUCGCUAGCAGACAGAACUUGACUGUCAUUACGGAUACUGUUGUCAAGAAGAUCAUUUUUGACCAGUCAGGCCAAGAGCCUGUGGCUCAAGGAGUCAUCGCUCUCUCUGAGGAUGGCUCCGAGACUGUCUACCAUGCCGGUGAGGUACUCCUCGCUGCGGGCUCCCUCAUAACUCCUCAGAUACUUGAACUCUCCGGGAUUGGAUCAAAGUCUCUCCUUGACAGCCACGCUAUACCGGUUGUACUGGACAAUCCAAUGUGGGAGAGCACCUUCAAGACCACAGUCUGGCAUGCCAGAGUUUUGAGGUUCAACACAGAUGCAGGUUGGGCCGAUGCCGACAUUGCCAAAUUUGAAGGCAUGUUGCGAGAUAUCUAUCUCCCACAAGUCAUUGUAGGAGCGCCUGGGUAUAAUGGGAACUGGGAGUUGGUCAUGAUGGAAGCUGCUAUGGGCAUUUCAAUCUUUUUGGAUGACCAUGAAAGCUACGACGAAGCGAUAGUGAGGUUUCUCGACAGAGCUGCUGCGUAUAUCUAUCUAGAAAGUACGGCAAGCGAUGGCGAUAUGCCCCAUACAGCUGCGGUAGAUGCCAAAUGGCUCAAGACGAACGAGGAUAUCAUCGAGUUCUGGAACAACCAGUCGAUUCUCAAUGUGAGUGGCCUAAGUCAGGAGACUUGUCGAGACUUUGAACACACAGGCUACGGGGUUGCCGCUAUGUCGCACGUGGCCGAGACCUCAAGGAUUCAGGGAAGGGAUUUGUUCAAGGAAGAUAGUGGAACUCGGUUGCGAUAUGGACUUGAAUUUCAUUCCAAGUACACUUUAGGUGCCCUACAGCCAGAAUGGCUAUGCAACAAUGAGACACUAAGCACAUAUCUUGGUCCAGCCACUGAGAUUGGCUUCAACGCUCUUUCUCACCGCCUCGGGUACGCUAUGCCGUCUACUGAGGAGCUCACAGAGAAACAAAGGCCUUCAGGCGCUCUCCUUUUCUACGGAUGGGAGACAUUGACACACCUGCGAAAU